AUGGCAAAACCAAGCGACACAAUUGAAACUUCUUCAAACCGAAAAAUCUACAACAGAGCAGAUGAGAACAAAAAGACUAGCGAAGUCUCCGAAUUGAAGAAAACCAUCGCCGAACAAAAAGAAAACAUCACGAACAGAGAAAAACAUUUACUACAUUUGGAGAAGAAGGUCGCGCUAUUGGAACACGAAAAUUCCAAGAAUAAAAAACAAAUUUUAUCUUUCCGUGAAAAAUUGAAAGACUCCUCGGUUUACGACGUGAGAAAGAAACGUUAGCGUCAGAACGCGACCGUUUGAAUUUCACGUUGUUGACGUGUGAGCACGAAUUAAACGAGUUGGGCACGCAAAAUACAAUCCUUGUCACGGAGUACGAAAGCGCCGAACAUAGCAGAAAAAUUGCGGUCAGUCAUUUACAAGAAGUCGAACGGGCUUGUCAGGAAUCGCAUCUUGAAAAACCCGAUUCUGUUCUGAAACAAACAGUUCAGAAUUCUGGCAUAACUUUGGAGAAAAACUCUGAAGAAUUAAUUGCGCAUUUAAAUUCUAUGAAAGACGUUGUGCAAACACUUCGCAGCGAAAAAGAAGCGUUACAAAACGACCAUAAUAAUUUGAGCUCGUUCUUCGCAGAAAGUUUAAAGAUUUUGUUUAAGCAAGUGCGAGAUAAAGGAUCCAAGCUACCGGGGAAUAAUCUCCACACAGUCCCGGAGAAUACUCCAAGUGAUGUUAUACCCUCGGAAUAAGUUACUCCUGGCGAGGACGUUUUCCAAAAGGCCAAAGAGCCAUCGACAGAUUCCGAAGAUGUAAACGACCUCGAUGCGUUCAAAAAGAAACUCAAAUCCAACGAACAGUGUAUAGACGAAUUAGCCAAUCAGAUUCGAGAUUUAGAAAACCGUAAGAAAGGUUUGCUGGAAACGCGUUUCGCGAUGAUCCAAGAGUUUCAAGCUGGCGGAGAGGUUCCCAAGGACUGGAAAACAGAUAUGUCUGGCAAUGAUGCGGAGGAGAAAGUCGAGAAUGAAACAGUUCGUGAUCGGAAAAGGUCGCGAGUCACGAAGAAGAUCCGAAAGCUUGAGCGAACAUUGUCGAUGGAUCACGGAGUCGGGAAGCUUGACUGCAUUCAGAAACUAUGCAAGAAACUAGAGGACUGUGGACAGCGCAUUCACGAGCUCGAGGCGACAAAUUCCGAGCUCCGAGCCGGACACGAGGAUAUGGAAGAAGAGGCAAAGUAUUUGAAAUAUGUUCUCUCGUAUCGUGGUGAUAUCUUGAAGGCACAACUCCAGAAUAAAUAUGAAACUAAGAUGGCGGCCAUAAAAGACGAACUUGCCCAGUCUAAGACGUCGCGUUCUGAAGUUAUGGCGCUCACUAAACGAAACCACGACCUCGAGGUAGAGGUAACCAAUGUAUUUAUUAGCCUUUCUCAAACGGCAUAAUAGCCACCGCUUUAGAGGUACUCAUAGUGCCUGUACAAACUUCAAUACGUGGCCAGUGUAGAUAGCGGAUAACAACAUCAACAAGCAACAAAACAUCUACUCGCUACCUACACAGCCAAAAACGCGCAAGUUGCAGCAAGUCUGCUAUCAUCAAGCCGAUAUCAGGAUGCGUUAGGGUCGCUCGCUCCGGCUUGAUGAUAACAAGUCUGUUGCAAGUUGUUAACAGACUUGCUGCAAAUUGCGAACUGCAUGCAGGCUUGAUGUAAGUUGUUUCAUCAGGUUGCAGUAAGUCUGCAUAUAUCAAGUUGCAGCAAGUCUGAUGUUUACAGACCUGAUGCAACUUGAUGAAGUCAACAGGCUCGAUACAACUUGUUGGCAACUUGCAUCAGGCCGGUAAAAUCCACAACUUGCAGCAAGUCUGAGGCGCUUUUGGCUGUAUAGGCGUUUAUAACCAUAUUGUUUUUAAAUCUUUCACUUACAGGUCCGGCGCCUUCAUGAAGAGCUGAAUACUUUGCUUCAAAACCUGCCUGCGUUUCAAGUUGCUCAGCGGUCGUCCUCAAGAAGUAGCGAGAACGCUGCCGACGUUACUGCGAACUCACUCGAUGUUUCCUUGUAUUUAGAAAAUUCUAAAAACGGCGAAGAUAUUUCAAGAAAUGCUGAUGGUUUUUCCGAUAAUAUGAACCAGAACACCGUAGCUGGAAACUCUGAAAUUUCUGGUGAAAAAUCUCAGAAUGAUAACAACAAUUCUAAUGAUGGAGAUAAUUCUCAGAAUCUUAGUGGUGAGGCCUUGCAAAGCCUUGAGGAGAAAGUCUUUCAACUUACCGAAGAAAAACGCGUAUUGUUGUUGGGUAUGCAAACACUGACCAGCCAGUGGACCUCCCGUGAAAACUGCCCUGAAAGUGAUAGCUCGGCAGUGACCGUGCGCGAGGCGAAUUUACGUGAGGUGGAACAAGAGAACGCCUGUUUAUUUGAAACGUUACAACGCAUCCGUAACGUUCUCGACGACGAACGUGAACACGAAAACAACAAUGGACAAGAAGACAAGAUUUUAAAACUCAAAGAUGAAAUACAACGUCUCGACGAAAAAGUCGAAGCAAAUAGAUCUAGGAGUUUUUGGAGAAGAUAA